AUGCGGCCGCAAUUCCUGCGUGCGGCGGCCAGGUCGAGGAGACAGCACUCGCCCUCCCUGCGCCACUCUUGCGGUGGAUCCGGUUAUUACUGUGGUCACAUCAGUUAUGCGGCGGGAGCAGGGAGGUCGAGGCCGUUUGCGACUACGGUGCCGCGUCCAGCAGAGGUGGAACUUACUAUUGAUGGGAAGAAGGUUUCGAUAGAAGCUGGCUCUGCUUUGAUUCAAGCGUGUGAGAAGGCAGGUGUUACAAUUCCUCGGAAGCUAUUGAUUGCAGGAAACUUCGAGGUAGAACGAGCUCCGAAGCCAGUGGCGUCAUGCGCGUGGCCAGUCCAACCAGGAAUGGUAGUUAAAACCAAUUCCCCCAUUACACACAAAGCGAGAGAAGGAGUCAUGGAAUUCCUCCUCGCUAACCAUCCCUUGGACUGCCCUAUCUGCGAUCAAGGAGGCGAAUGCGACCUACAGGACCAAUCGAUGAGAUAUGGUGCGGACCGUGGACGAUUCCAUGAAGUAGGCGGCAAGCGAGCAGUGGAGGAUAAAAACAUUGGGCCAUUGAUCAAGACUUCGAUGAACCGGUGCAUUCACUGCACACGCUGCGUCCGCUUUGCAAACGACAUAGCUGGUGCACCAGAGCUUGGGACUACUGGUCGAGGAAAUGAUAUGCAGAUUGGCACUUAUCUGGAGAAGAAUCUGGAUUCGGAAUUGUCUGGCAAUGUUAUCGAUCUAUGUCCCGUCGGUGCUCUGACGUCGAAGCCUUACGCCUUCCGAGCCCGACCUUGGGAGCUCAAACAUACUGAAUCUAUCGACGUCCUGGAUGCUUUGGGAUCAAAUAUUCGGGUGGACUCCCGCGGAAUGGAAGUCAUGCGCAUUCUUCCCAGACUGAACGACGAUGUCAAUGAGGAAUGGAUCAAUGAUAAAACUCGAUUUGCCUGUGAUGGAUUGCGAACUCAACGACUCACCACCCCCUUGGUCAGGAAAAAUAACAAAUUUGUUCCGGUUACCUGGGAGCAGGCCCUGACAGAGAUCGGAGGCGCUUUCCGCCAGAUUGCACCAAAGGCCAAUGAAUUCAAGGCCAUCGCGGGACAUCUCGUCGAGACCGAGUCACUAGUUGCCAUGAAAGACCUGGCGAACCAGCUAGGGUCAGACAACCUGGCACUCGACCAGCCGGGUGGGAACGCCCCCAUCGCACACGGGAUUGAUGUACGAUCGAACUACCUCUUCAACUCUCAAAUUCAUGGCAUAGAAGAGGCCGACGCCAUCCUACUCGUCGCUACCAAUCCUCGCCAUGAAGCUGCCGUCCUCAACGCCCGCAUCCGCAAGCAAUAUCUCCGUUCAGACAUCCAAAUCGCCCUCGUUGGCGAAACCUUCGCCAGCACCUUUGAUUUCGAGCACCUCGGCACGACAGCUGCAAACCUCAAGUCUGCUCUCACAGGCCCCUUCGGCAAGACUCUUGCCUCCGCCAAGCGACCUAUGGUCAUCGUCGGUUCUGCCGCUGCCGAACACCCAAAUGCAAAAGCCAUCUUCGAAACCAUCGGUGCCUUCGUUGAUAAGAACUCUGCGACCUUCAACACCCCCGAAUGGCAGGGUUACAAUGUCCUUCAACGCGCCGCCUCUCGUGCCGGCGCCUACGAAGUUGGCUUCACAACUCCAUCCCCUGACGUCGCUGCCACACAGCCAAAGAUGAUCUGGCUCCUCGGUGCGGACGAAGUUAAUGAAACAGACAUCCCCAAGUCCGCUUUCGUUGUCUACCAGGGGCACCACGGUGACCGCGGUGCUCAACUCGCAGAUGUGGUCCUCCCUGGCACUGCCUACACGGAGAAAUCCGGUACAUAUGUUAACACAGAGGGUCGGGUGCAGAUUACGCGUGCUGCCACUUCACCCCCCGGCGCUGCCCGCGAUGAUUGGAAGAUCAUCCGUGCAGCCAGUGAAUUCCUUGGCGCGCCGCUGCCUUAUGACGAUGUGGAAAUGCUGCGGGAUCGUAUGGAGAUGAUCUCUCCAGUGCUGCGCAGGUAUGAUGUUGUGGAAAAUACCUCAGUAGACAUAAGUGCGUUGAGCAAAGUGCAGCUUGUGGAUCAGAAUCGAGGCGCUGCGGUGGGGAAUGAGCCUUUCAGGAGGGCUAUUGAUAAUUUCUACUUCACAGAUUCGAUAUCGAGGAGUUCCCCGACAAUGGCACGUUGCUCGGCUGCUAAAGAGACCGGAAACCCAGAUACUAACUUAAUGAUUGGGAGUGCGGUGGAGGAGCAGCAACGGCUUGGUGGUGUUUCAAGUGCAUAG